UGCGAUUUGGCUUGGCGAGUUGUGUUGAAAAAAAUACAAAUGUAACAAACAAUAAGGCAAUAUAAAAACAACAGCUAGCUUUCAUUCCUAAUUCAAGAAAACAAUUUGGCUAACGUUGAGAUUACAAUGUGAUACGUGUGUGUUUGUGUAGUUUAAAUCGGUGAUAUGCGAGUUAUUUUAUUUUUUUUAAUUUUAAUCUAAUAAUAAUUGGAAAGAGAAGUUUACGUUUAGCGUUCUAAGUGUUACCUAUGAGUUAUUUAGAUUAAAGUGGUGCGUGCAAACAUGGGGCAAGGUCCGAGUUCUAACUGGAGUAAAGGUAGUCGAAGAUCAUUUAGAUCUUUCGCAAGGCGCUCAAAGCUCAAUAAGUCGAGUUUGAGCCACACGUUCAGCUUACCGCCUUCGGAGGAGUAUCCGGAGCUCAUGAACGUGAACACGGCAACGGAGGAGCAGUUGAUGACGUUGCCAGGAGUGUCCAGGCAACUGGCGCAGGAGAUCGUCAGACAUCGACAGAUGAUCGGCAGGUUUAAACGCGUUGAUGACCUUGCCUUAGUCUCAGGUAUUGGUGCUGAAAAACUAGAGUUACUUAGACCAGAAAUAUGUACAAAUUCAAGAAAACCAAUAUCUAGGACUAGCUCUUGUACAUACUCAUUAGAUAGCAUAAGAUCAUCUUCAGAAAAUAAGUUAUGUUCAGUGAACUCAUCUAGUGUAUUCGCACUGCAAUGUGUGCCAGGUUUGAACCAAGAAUUGGCAGCAAACAUUGUUGAUUAUCGGAAUAAAAAAGGCCCCUUCAAGUCCCUUGAUGAUCUAAUAAAAGUCAGGGGUAUGGACAUUGUGAGACUAAGUAGUAUAAAACCACAUUUGAACUUGGAGCUUCGGAAGUGCGAAAGUGUGCAGCAUUUAACCAAUGGGCAUGUAAAUGGAUGGGCUGACCCUUCAUUAAGUGAAAUAUUGAUUAGCAGCGAGCCAAAAACUCCAAGAAGCCCUCAUAGAAAAAGUCUUUCAAUGCCAACUAAAUUCCCCAUAACGUUGCCAAAUGGUUUUGCGACAGCUCCAGUGACUGAUAUAUUGGACUUACUCUCAGCAUACUCCCACAGACCUAUUGUAGAAGAGGUGUUCACUUAUGAAAGAGAAGGAGUUAGGUGUUGCCGCCUUGCUACGUGGAAUCUCCACCAGCUUAGUGUAGCCAAGAUCACAAAUCCUGGUGUCAGAGAGGUGGUUUGCAGGACUAUUCUGGAAUAUAAGUUAUCAAUAAUAGCAAUACAAGAUAUACUUGAAGAGCAGGCGUUGCAGAUGAUAGUCGACGAACUGAACUCUCCAGUGCUGCGGCGGGUGAGAGAGUGGCGCUGCAACAGCCACACGUGGCAGUGUGUGCAUGUAGGCAGGACCCUGGGUUUUUUGUUCGAGCGCUCCAACAAACACAUCACGGUAGAGAACGCGCUGCUAAUGGACGGCACCGGCCGACGGUUGGCUGAGGAGCUACACGCUCUGCGAUCCGAGCGUCUAUGCAUUUCACCGCAAGCGUUUCUGAUAUGCGACCAGCCGAUUAUAAUCAUGAACGUGCAGUGCUCGGAGCGUUUGGGUGAAGACGACGCCGCGAAAUUGAGACUAAUAGCAGAUCUCGCACUCUCCUCACAAAUGGAACUGGCCUUCUUCGGGGAAUUCGUGCGGUGGGACAACGUUCGGUUGCUGCAGAACUGUGAAUCAAUAUUGGACCAAGCAGUCGUCACGCAGAUAGACACAAAUGUCGAAGGGCAAAGCGUUAUUUUAUGUCCCGGAAACAUAAACAAGAGCAAUUUCAAUGCCCACUCGGGGGUAAUCAAAUCAGGUUUAUGCCAUUUAGCCAUACCACGGGGCUGGUCGUGGGGUGGCCCCGCGUCGCCGUUCUGCCCCAUUUGGGUCGAAUUCAAAUUGCCCGAUUGACAAGAAUUGAUCACUUUAUAUACUAGAAGAAAAUUCGUUUGGAACUGUACGACAACGACCCUGGUGUUAAUAUUGCAACUUCUCUGUGUGAUAUUACUUUUGAUAUUUUAGAGCGGCCAUGUUGGAUUUACUCGCACUAUUUGCCGCCAAUUUUGCUGUGUGUUUUCUAAUAUUUUAAACUUGAACGAGAUCAUCGAGUAUUAGAGUAACUUACCAAGUUAUCAUAUUUAACAUUUAAAUUUCUAUUAGAGUGAUUGUGUCGCAUCGAGGUCUCAAACGUGUUUUGACGUUUGGUGACGUGACGUUGAAGUGAUGUUAUUUUAACAUUUAAUAUAAUUUGAAACAUAAUUGUCGGUUAACAGUAACAGUAUUUGAUUUAUUUUGAGUAAGUUCUCUUGACGCAGCAAGAUUCAAAGAUUCACUGAGAUACACUGAGUCACUUGCGACUAUAACGCGUAGCGCAAUAAUUUACUUUCCGUCACUAGGGUAUAUAUAAAUUAUACAUAUAUAUAAUAUUACCCUUUUUUAACUGGUAAAGUUUUCAUAAUAGAGGUUUUCGGUGUUCGAUUGUAGUCACAAAAAGAUUGAAACAACUUAGUUUAAAUUUGUCUGUUCAUAAAGCCUUAAAUUGAAUUGACAGAAUUUAAAAUCACGCUGUAAUUCAACCAUACGAACGUUGUUAGAAGAGUUGCACUAAUUUAAAUUCUUUCGGUUUAGUUUAAUUUUUGUGUACAAAACAAUUUAGCAUUAAGGUUUAUAGGGUUUAUCAUCGGAUAGUAGGAUCAUAGAUAAUAUUUAAUUUUGUGAAACCCAGACAGAGCCUGAGCUUUUUUCACAAACAUUCACAAUCUUCUGCAAGUUUGUAGUUGAUAUUUAUCGUUCCAUAGUACCAAGUUUAGAAACUCGCUAAUUCCAGCAAUGUAUAACAGUCGUCAUCAAAAGUAGUAGUACCCCUUAAUUUAAUCGUUUUAGUGUAAUACGAAAAAAAACUCAGUACUUUUAUAAUCGUUCUUUCCAAAAGUGUUGUAAAUAAUAACUUCAUCUCUCUUCAAAAAUAUGCAUUACUCUGAGGUACAAAUGAACUAGCAAUUUUUGCCAAUGAUUGGUAGAAUCAUACAUAAUUUUUCUAUUUUAUCUAUCUCGGGGUUGUUUACUUGAUCGCUUUAAGCAUAGAUUAAAAAGAAAAUCUAUUUUUCAGAAACGAGAUGCCAUGUUUACAAGUUUAUUGAAUUAAAUAUAAUAUAAUGCUUACCGAUUUUUCGCAUGAAAUUCCUGUAUAUUUUAUGUAAAAUAUAGUUAUUUCUUAUGUAAGUAAAUUAUUGAUGUAUAACAUAUUUCUGUAUAUAGAUGUAUUUUAAAAUUUAACUACCUAUGUAUUAUGGAAUCGUGUUUUUUUUUUAAAUAAAAUGCUGUAUUUUUUACGUUAACGUUUUUAUGAAUAAGAAAAAUGCUUCGAUUUUAAAUAUACCUACAUGGUUAUGGUAAAUCUCUUACGAAUUUAAUUUACUUGCCAAUAUUUGAAUCGUUUUGAUAUGUUUUCGCCUAAAGUUAUCAGGUGUUUAUGUUCGAUCGACUUUGCUUGCUCGCCGUCACUCUCAAUGAGUAUACAAAGUAGUUUCAUCAGCGUCCCGUAAAUUUAUGUUAGUAGUAUCUCCAUGUGACAUGUUGUAAAGGGUUUAUUUACAUAAGAUUAUAUUCGUGUCUAAAGUGACUGACGAUGAAGUUCCAAUCAAUAGAGCCUUGUUUUAGCCCAAACUUUGCUAACUGUGCAAGUCAACAAAACGAGACGGACACGUAAGUCUCGGCUCGAGGAAAAAGUAGUAGAAGGCUGCUUUUCUCAGGCAGAAUGAGAGGCGAGACGGUUGCCACGAAAAAAAACUUAAAGGUAAUCCAAGCAUCGACAUUAUACAUGCAAACAGUGUCAUAGAUUUUAUUUUGGAGGCAUAUCUAACGAUCUAAAUAUUUUCUUAGGCAAUUGAACAAGUUAUUAAGCUAAUACGAAGCACCACUUUUUAUUUAUAAUAUCGUAACUAUUACGCAGUGAGAUGUAUUUAUGUCCUCGAUAGUAAUUUAUAUACUCUUUUUUUUUUUAUAAAUGUAGGUAUUUUAUAACAUAAAUCUUCGUCUAGAAAUGAUAAAAAUACGAAAUAUUAUGAAGUACCCUCAGAUUCCUUUUUUAUCAAUAGUUUAUAUUAGACUACUGUGUACUUUUUUAAGCUGAUCGCAUAUUUGUUCGCCAACGUACGCUUAAUGUUUUGUAUGAAAUAGCACCGAUCUCAUCUUAGAAAUGACUUCGAACCUACAAAAGACAUCAUAAAAAUAAGAUUGUAUACGAAUUUGAAAGGUGCGUUUUACGGUUU